AUGGGUCGGGGGCAUGGGUCGGGGAUAUGGGUCGGGGGCAUGGGUCGGGGGCAUGGGUCGGGGGCAUGGGUCGGGGAUAUGGGUCGGGGGCAUGGGUCGGGGGCAUGGGUCGGGAAUAUGAGUCGGGAGCAUGGGUCGGAGAUAUGGGACGGGGGCAUGGGUCGGGGGCAUGGGUCGGGGGCAUGGGUCGGGGGCAUGGGUCGGGGGCAUGGGUCGGGGACAUGGGUUGGGGGCAUGAGUCGGGAGCAUGGGUCGGGGUCAUGGGUCGGGGGCAUGGGUCUGGGGCAUGGGUCGGGGGCAUGA